AUGAAGUUACCGAGUGCUUACGAAAGCAUUUCGUUUAUUGAUUCUAUUGGUGUGGUGGAUGAAGCUGUUGAACUUACAAUGGAGGAAAAGUGUUUAGGUGAAGCUCUAGCAGCCAUUCUUAUGAACUUUGAUGCUAAUGAUAUGGAAGGGUAUGUGGCGACGGUGAAUUCUCUUCUGGGGUUGGUUUCCUAUUCUUACCAACCAAAAAAGCUUGACCUUGAUCUUGAAAACAGAAAGGCACCUCCAAUAAAACUAUCUAUUAAGGAGUCACCGAAGCUUGAGCUUAAGCAUAUUCCUUCGUAUCUGAGACGAGUGAUUGGGUGGACCAUCGCAGACAUUCGGGGAAUUCCUUCUGGUAUUUGUGAGCAUAAAAUUCAGCUUGAAGAGGAUAGUAUACCGAGUGUUGAACAUCAGAGAAGAUUGAAUCCACCCAUGCAAGAGGUGGUCAAGAAAGAGACUAUAAAGUGGUUAAAUGCUGGAGUAGUUUAUCCUAUUGCAGAUAGUAAAUGGAUGAGCCCGGUCCAAAGUGUUUCGAAAAAAAGAGGCAUCACGGUGGUUUCUAAUGCUAAGAACAAAUUGAUUUCUACAAGGACUGUGACUGGGUGGCGUGAUGCCUUUUGGUCUUUGCAAUGCACGCCUACAUUUCAGAGGUGCAUGAUGUCGAUCUUCUCAGAUAUAGUUGAGGAUUACUUGGAGGUCUUUAUGGAUGGAUUUUAUGUGAUAGGUGACUCUUUUGAUGAGUGUCUUGACCAUCUGUGUCCACUGCCGAAGAGAUGUGAGGAGACUAACCUGGUGCUCAAUUGGGAGAAAGGCCAUUUUACGGUGAACGAAGGGAUAGUCCUCAGUCACAAAAUCUCUGAGAAAGGGAUUGAGGUUGAUCAAGCUAAAAUUAAUGUUAUUUCCAAGCUACCUCAACCUAUCUUUUUGAAAGGAGUCCGAAGUUUCUUGGGGCAUGCUAGUUUCUAUCGGCACUUUAUUAAAAACUUUUCCAAGGUAGCGAAUCCCAUGUGCAAGCUUCUUGAAAAAGAGGCUAAGUUCGUGUUUGAUGAAAAGUACCGCAAGGAAUUUGAUGAAUUGAAAGAGCGCUUAACUUCUGCUCCUAUUAUUGUAUCUCCUGAUUGGUCUCUGCCCUUUGAGUUGAUGUGUGAUUCAAGUGGUUUUGCUAUUGGUGUUGUGCUUGGUUAG